AUGAGCCCCCAUUCCUUCGGCCACGACGCCUUCAUCCUGCUCUUCCUCCUCACCCUCUUCACCCUGCCUAUAGUCCUUUACAGCUCCACGUCGUCCCGUCCCCACCUGGGCCUGGGCUCCAUCAUCGCCGAAUGGAUGAGGGAGACGUUCGCUUCGGUGCUUUGGUGGUUGGGGAUGUUUGGAGCGGGUCUGGGCUUGUUUUUGUGCGUUUUGGGAGGGGAGAUGGGGCAUCGGAUGUGGGUAAGGAGAGGGAGGAAGAAGGCAGGGGCGGAAGGGGGAGGGGGAAGUGGGGGAGGAGGAGCGGAAGGCAGCGAAUUGAUUGGCCAACUUGGAGCGGACGAUGGGGAAGAGGAGAGGAGGAGGGUGAGGAGGGUCACGAGGGAGGAGAGGUACGAACGGAAGGUCGAACACGUCGUCGAUGCACUCAAGGGGAAGCGAACGAGGACAAGUCAGCGACCGAGCUCCCGGGAGGAAGUGGAAAUGAAGGAUUUGAGUGGGGAGGUCGACACCACCACGACUGCGACCAAAAGCAAAGACCAUAACAUCAGGAGAAGGAUGCCACCUCCUCCGCCGCCGCUUUAA